AAGUCAAUUUUAGACAUAACGGUGACUGUGACCCGGAACAGGUGUGAUUUGGCGGGCAUCUCUGAAAAUCAGCUGAUGUCAACAAACAAAGUUUCUUUUGCAAUUCCGCGUUUAUGAUAUGAUGCCAAAUCAUGGACACAGCGGAGAUUCACGUAAAUAUAAACAACCAGACUUGCCGCGUCUGCCUGGAGACCCACGAGACCAACCUGUACCUCCACGAUAAGAUCGAAUACAACGAUCUUAAGUUGGAGCUCUGGCAGUUGCUGGAAGCCGUUUCCAAAUUGAAGUGGACGUGGGCAGACCCAAAUCUACCGAUGCAUUUGUGCCAAAAUUGCGCCCGCCGGAUGAUCAGCGCCUACGAGUUUAUCGUCGAAGUGGAGAACGCCCAUGAAACUUUACAGAAUCUCUUCGAGCAACAGGAGGUUGCUGCCAAGCCCGAUGAAGUUCAUGUGGAUGUAGUGGAGCUUAUAGACCAGGAGGAUGUGGUUAAUAUGGAACAAUACCUGCCCAAAUCUUUCGCAGAGCAGCCCGUGGAAUUGGAGGAGAAGUAUGGAGACCAAGACUGUCCUGCAUUUAAUUCAGAUGUGGGAGAAGAGCCACUAUAUGCGAACGAGGAUAAUGAUGAUGAGCCUGAGGACCCUACGCAAUUAAACCCUCUGCUAGACGAACCAGAAAACAGAGAAUUGACGCGACCUUCCCAACUGGGUAGUCGUUUGAACCAUUCGGCAAACUUCAUCUACAAAUGCGCCGUCUGUCCGCGUGUCUUUGCCAAAAGUGAAUCCCUGACCCGGCAUUUUGCCCAUGCCCACAGACUGACGGCGGACGUGGCCGCUAUGAAGCUGGCCACCGAGAGCUGCGGCACCGGUCUGCUGACCUGUGAGCACUGUCCGCGGACAUUCAAGCGUCAGGACACCCUCCGGCGACACAUGCAGGCAUUCCAUCCCGACGCAGUCCCAUUGGAGACCGAAGAAACGACGGAAAACUCCGCCCGGAAACGCAUAACUAAGCGGCGAGACUGUCCGCACUGCGGCCUGAGCUUUCCCGUAUCUAGCCUUACCAUCCACAUUCGGCGACAUACGGGCGACAACCCGUACAAGUGCGAUCAGUGCGAGAAGGCCUUUCCGCGCAGCCAAGAUCUCAGCCUUCACAUGCGCCAGCACACCGGAGAGCGUCCCAGUGAGUGCAAGAUCUGCUCCAAGAAGUUCAUUUCGCAAAACAAGCUGGCCCGGCACAUGCGGUUGCACACGGGUCAAAGGCCGUACUCCUGCGACCUGUGCAGCAAGAGCUUUGUGCAAUCCAACGACCUAAAGAUUCACAUGCGGCGACACACGGGCGAGCGGCCGUAUCAGUGUGGAGUGUGCGGAGAGAGCUUCGUCUGCGGCUCGCACCUGAAUAUCCACCGAAACCGAAAGGGACAUCUGGAUGCAGUGAUUCCGGGCAAUGAAGUCGAGGCAAACAUUGCUGCUGAUCCCUAUGUAAAUGCUAGGGUCAACAAGCGUCGUUCGGAGGAUAUUGAGCGUAUGCGCCUAAAACGCAUUCCCGAGGACCAACUGCAGCAGCAGCUGGAAAUGCUCCCCAACCCAGAUGUCUCUGCUAUGGCCUACAAAUGCGGUGUCUGCGAACAGAAAUUCAAGAGCGGAGCUCUCCUGACCGUCCAUCGCAAUAAAAUGAGCCAUUAUGAGAUCGAAAGGGUCUACGAAGAUCCCUUCGGAAAAAAUCAGAAAAUGCUCAAAGCUGAAUAUAAUUAAAUCCAAGUAUUUCAAGAAAAGGUCUAUCGCUUACAUUUCUAUUACAUAUUUUGUAUUUUUAUUUAAAGAAAGUUUUAAGUGAAUCCACAAAUUAUUAUACAUGGUUCAAACAGCGAGCCCUUUGUGCACCAAUAUAACAUUAGAUACUUUUUGUAUC